AGUGUCUGGGGUUUUCAGCUGAAAUGAGAGCAUUUGUUUGAUGUAUGGUUACAUUAUAGUUGUAUGUUUGUGCGUAAUCUUGCGUAAUACUGGGUUUGAGUUACAUUCGGAUUGGACUAUAGGACAUCUAAAGUUCUUUCUGAAACUAAUUUUCGCUUAAUACUUCUCUGAAGACCUUACUGUUGUUCACAAAAUAAGCAAAAAUCAUUUCUGGAGAUUGAAAAGUUCUUGCUGUUUCAGUAUUUGUGUUCUUCAGAUCGGUGUUUUGGUUUCUUGGAUGGUUUAAAUUAACUUAAGGAGGAACCGAGGGUUGGAUCCACUCCAUUGGCCAUGUUAGCAGCAACCUGUAACAAAAUCGGGAGCUCGAGUCCCUCCUCGGACAGCGGCUCGUUUGGAAAAGGAGGUUUUCACCCGUGGAAACGCGCAGCGCCCAGCAGCUGUUCCCUCUCCCCGUUCGGCGCGCAACGGAACGAGACUUUCAGCGCCAACAGCUCGUUCUCCUUAACGGGCACUAACACCUCCACCAGUCCGUUUGGAAACGACUAUCCCGUGUUUCAGACGUCAGUCGCGAACAGUUCUCCGGACCCGAGCGCGCAGUCGGUGUUCAUCUCCAAAGUGGACACUCUGCAGGGGAUUUACCCGAGGAUGAGCGUCGCGCACCCGUAUGAGACUUGGUUCAAAUCCGCGCAUGCUGGCAUCUCCGCCGGGGACGUGGGCACCGGUAGCGGGUCCUCCUGGUGGGAUGUGGGCACCGGUUGGAUUGAUGUUCAAAGCGCGAACGGCGCCGCGCUGCAUUCGCCCCUGAGCGGGUACAACUCAGACUAUUCCUCCAUCACUCACUCCGCAUUCAGUGCCAAUCCAUCUCCGCAUCUUCUUACAGGUGGGCAGCACCUGAUGGACGGAUUCAAACCGGUUUUAUCCGCCACCUACACAGACACCAGUCCCGGUGCCACAAGCGCAGUUUUAGCCGGGACACCGGUGGUACCGCUCGCCGGGUCUCCGCGCUCAUCAACCAGGCGCUACUCAGGCAGAGCGACCUGCGACUGUCCGAACUGUCAGGAGGCGGAGAGGCUGGGGCCCGCGGGGGCCAGUCUGCGCAGAAAGGGCCUCCACAGUUGCCACAUCCCGGGCUGCGGGAAAGUAUACGGAAAGACUUCUCACCUCAAAGCGCAUUUGCGCUGGCACACCGGCGAGAGGCCGUUCGUCUGCAACUGGCUGUUCUGUGGGAAGCGCUUCACCAGGUCCGACGAGCUCCAGCGGCAUUUACGCACACACACCGGGGAAAAGAGAUUCGCCUGUCCGGUGUGCAACAAGCGCUUCAUGCGCAGCGACCAUCUCAGUAAACACGUGAAAACGCACAGCGCCGGUGAGCCCGGGGCUAACGGGGUUAAAAAGGGCAGCGAUACCGACAGCGAACAGAGUGUACCGGGCAGCCCAGCCUGUCAGUCCCCGGAAAUGAUCCACACCACAGAACCCGUCCAAAACGGCCUCUGAACAGAACUACAGAACACGUGCAUUCUUAAAGAUAAAGGUUCCAGUGAGAACCAAAACAUGUUUUAAAAAGAACUUUUUAUUCUUAAAUUCAUGCGAAAUCGGUUUAUUGGUGAUUAAAGAACCCCCAAAACACUCAACCAACCAUUUUAAUAUCCAAAGAACAAUUUCAUUGUUUAAAAUGAAGGUUCCAAAAUGUUCUUCUUAAAAGAAUCAUUUUUUUUUUCUUCUUAAAGAACAUUUUAAAACUCUAAAGAACCUUUUUCCACUAUUAAGGUUCUUUAUGGAACCAUCGAUGCCACACUGUAAAAAAUAAAUGUUGGUUUAACUUAAAAAAAAAAAAAAGUUACCUGGUUGCCUUAAAAUUUUGAGUUCAUUGAAAAUAAAAAUUUGAGUUCAUACAAUAAAGGCGAUCAACAGAAACGCAAAAUAUUAUGUUAUCUGAACUACAUUAAUUAUUGAAGUUGAUUUGAAAAAGAAAAAAUGUUGUGAUAAAUAAGGAAAAUCAUUUUCUACAGUGCAAGAACCUUUAUUUUUAAGAGUAAACUCAAGAAACUUAUGGUUCUUAAUAGGUUUUUGGGUCUUAAAGAAGCAGAAGAGCUUUUAUCUUUAAGAGUGGUGGACGAACGCAUUUCGGUGCGCAGUGAAAUCAUGCAAAAGGGGUUUAUCAGAAUAUACACCGAUUUUUUAACUAUGUUUUAUCAUAUUUGUCUGUAAAUCAGCAGAAGGUCUCUCUCAGGUGUUCUUGGAUAUUUAUGGAUGAAAAUAACCUCGUAAAAUAAGUACAGAUGAAACUGCUGAAAUGCAAACAAAUUCUCCAUGUCUUUUGAGGCACUUUAUUACCUAAAUAAGAAAAUCAAGGACUUCAUUUCUCAGCAGUCGCACAAUUCUCUUAUUAUUCUGUAUUUGCCAACUGAACUGUUUAAUUUCGAAACGGAAAGUCUAUAACAUAAUUUGGGGAUUUCUGUACAUUCUUCUUAUUUUCAUCGUGCAGUUGAUAUCUAUGACAGUGAAUCUGAACUCUUCUCAAUGCAAAGUGAAAUUGUACAUAGGAUUGUCUUGAAACUCUAUUUAUCAUCGAGUUUGAUUUGUGAUUUGAAGUCUAUCAGAGUCGCACUUUGAAUCUAUAUUUAUAAUUUCAGGAUCGAAUCAGCUCGAUCAGUUUGUUUAUCUUUUGUUGUAUUAUUAUUUAAUUGCGCAUGUGUUUGUAUUUACUGACCGUUUACUUUAAGGUAAUAAAGUCACAUUUGACUUGAUUA